AUGGGCAAAGAGAAUAUGGGUCAGUCAAGCAGUGCGCACACCGGGGAGGACCAGGAAUCCGGCUCGGUGGAGGCGAUGAGGGUAAUCCCAAGCCUAGGCCAGCAGGGGGUGUCAGCAUCUCGAACCACUGUGAGGAACAAGAACCAAGCAGAGGUGCAGCACGCGUGGUGGAGCCCAAGAUCGCAUCAUAUUCUGUUAUGUUUUGCUGGUAGGGGUAGUUGGCCUGGUGUUUAA